AUGAAAUUAUUAGAAUACUUUAAUGAUCCAAAAGAUUGUACUCCUAAAUUUUGGAAUCAAUUAGUAAGAAUAGGACGUGCUGACACUUUUAAAGAUAAACAAAUUUUUUCUGGAUUAUCAAAAAAUGUAUCUGAUAUAUAUAAAAUUCACAAUCAAGUUUUAGAACUUGCUACACAUUUUAAAAUUCAUAUAUUAUCAAUUGAAGCUGAUAACACAUCAGUAGAAAUUAAAGCACAAAAGUAUAUUAUUCAAGCUAAUACUGAAACAAAACUUGAAUUUAAUGAUGAAUUAUACAAUAUAUGA